ACACUCCAUGGCCAUGAGUUAGGAAACUAUCCUAUGUCUUUUCAAGGCAUUUCCAUAGUUAUGUACUAUUAUUCUGCUGAGAAGAGAAAAUAGGCAGAAAGAAGAAUCACAUUGUUCCUCUGCCUGCAGCUCCUGAAGGAUUUUCUGCCCUGCAUUCAGUCUUUCACUAGUUUGGUCUAGCACUGAAAGGGAGCAGCUGGCCAAAGCCCAGAUGCAUUGAUAUUCCAGUCAAGAGCAAGGAUAAUGAUAUGCACCAUGGAAAUGAAGAUAUUUACAACUGACUUCAGGCUUUGGCACAAAAAGAUGAAAUGGCAUUAUUGCUUCUAGAAUCUUCUAUGGAUGCUGUUAAACCCACGCAGGAUUUAGUGGAACCUUCCAGACCCUGGGAUGGAAAAUUACAGCAUUUACAAUAGUAACUGCUCCAUCGAUGACUCCUUUAAAUACAACCUCUAUGGAUCAGUUUAUAGUGUGGUAUUUAUCUUGGGGUUAAUCACAAACUGUGCUUCCCUUUGUGUCUUCUGCUUCAGAAUGAAGAUGCACAAUGAAACUGCCAUUUACAUGACCAAUCUUGCCGUGUCUGACCUACUGUUCGUAUUCACCCUUCCUUUUAAAAUAUUUUAUAACUUUAACCGCCACUGGCCCUUUGGAGACACUUUAUGUAAGUUAUCAGGCACGGCAUUUUUGACCAACAUUUACGGAAGCAUGCUUUUCCUGACUUGUAUCAGUGUGGAUCGUUUUUUGGCGAUUGUCUAUCCAUUCCGUUCUCGAACCAUUAGAACACGAAGGAAUUCUGCUAUAGUAUGUGCAGGAGUUUGGAUCCUAGUGCUCAGUGGAGGCAUCUCUGCUUCACUUUUUUCCACCACCAAUAAGUCCACAACAAGCACCACUUGUUUUGAAGGCUUCUCCAAAAACAUUUGGAAGACCUAUUUGUCGAAGAUUACCAUGUUUAUAGAAGUGGUUGGGUUUCUAAUUCCAUUACUGCUGAACCUGACCUGCUCCUCAUUGGUUCUGAGGACGUUAAGAAAACCAGCAACCUUGUGCCAGAUCGGAACCAACAAAGAAAAAGUUUUGAAGAUGAUUGUUGUCCAUGUUGCCAUUUUUGUUGUGUGUUUUGUCCCCUACAAUUCCAUCCUUUUUCUUUACGCUUUGGUUCGUUCACAGGCAAUAGCAAAUUGUUCUGUUGAGAGAUUUGCAAGGACAAUGUACCCCAUAACUCUUUGCAUUGCAACCACAAACUGUUGUUUUGACCCCUUUGUCUACUACUUCACUUCCAAAUCCUUUCAAAAAUCAUUUAACAUCAACCCUCUCAUAAAAAUGGAUACCCUGUUCAAGAUAGAUCCUGUGGCAAAGAUUCAUUUUCCAGCAACGCAAGAGGAUCUAACGGAACAAAUAAACAUUAACAAUGGAGGCGAUCUCAUUCCAGAAUCUAACUUUAUGGACUAGAAAUCUGUGUUCUAGUAUAAAAUACAAGUCUCUAGUGACUGGAACUAUAAUUUAUAAAGGAGCCUUUGAGCUCCAUGGUCAGUAUUAUAGAUGGUAUAAAUGUGUAUAAAGAUAGAGUUUUAAUUUAAAUAGAAAAUACCCUGUAUACUGUAAAAAGAAAAGGCUACAAGUGUGGUUUGGUCACAAAAAUGUUUUUGUGUGUAAAUAUUCAACAGAAAGUAUUGUAGAUGUACUGUAUGUGUUCCCUUGACAGUGUUCUAGUGUUUAUGGCAUUUUGAAUGUGAAAAAAAUGAUCAU